CAGAAGAGACGCUGUCAUCACAUUUACAUUAAGACAUUCAGCAGACGCUUUUAUCCAAAGUGACUUAUAGAGAAGAAGAUUACUCAUUAUUACUCAUUUUAUUACUCAAGAUUACUCAUCUCUGAAGAUGAGUAAAGUCAGUGUUGAUGUGAAGGCGGACACAAGUUCAGCUGUAAAUGCUCCUGUGCUCACUGGAAACACUUUCAGAGGAGACGUGACCAUCUUCUGCGGCUCAAACACUGCAGAGGAGCAAAACUCCACAGAGAAGCUCACACAAGAACAAGAGACUUUAGGACUACAAGAGUUUUUCAGAAGUCAUAAGAUCUACAUGAAGGAGAAAUCAAAACGUAUUUUUGAGGGUAUGAAGGAAAAUGAAGUCGAUCUGAAUGAGAUUAACACAGAUGUGUUCAUCACAGAGGGAGAUAUGAAAGAAGUCAACUGUGAACGUGAGAUUCUGAAGAUUGAUGAUGCCUUCAAAAACACAACCAAGACAUCACAGGACAAACACAUCAAAUGCAAUGAGAUAUUUCAGUCACUGAGAGACAAGAAGAAGAUUAUUGUGACCAAAGGCGUCGCUGGAAUUGGAAAAACAGUCUCUGUGCAAAAGCUCAUUCUGGAUUGGGCCGAGGGAACAGCCAAUCAGGACGUAGACGCCAUGUUUCUGUUUCCAUUCAGAGAGAUGAACCAGAUUAAAGACAAACAAAUCAGUUUUCAUGAGUUUCUGCAGGAAUUUUAUCCUGAAAUAAAAACAAAUGUCAUAAAGUUAACAGAGAAAUAUAAUGUGGCGUUUAUCUUUGAUGGACUCGAUGAGAGUCGCUUGAAUUUGGAUUUUAAAAGCAAAAAACUGUUGAGUGUUGUGGAAAGAUCAUCUGUAGAUGAAAUGAUUAUAAAUCUGAUCAGAGGAGAUCUGCUUCAGUCCUCUCUCAUCUGGAUCACAUCAAGACCAGCAGCAGCCAAUCAGAUUCCUUCUGAGUUUGUAGGUUUGUUCACUGAGGUGAGAGGAUUCACAGACCGGCAGAAAGAGGAAUACUUCAGAAAGAGAAUCAAAGAUAAGAGUGAAGCUGAUGAAAUGAUCAAACACAUCAAGAGAUCUCUUAGUCUCUACAUCAUGUGUCACAUCCCCGUCUUCUGUAGGAUCACAGCUUCAGUACUUCAUGACAUUCUCAUCCAGAACAAUGAAGAAAACAUUGACACGACGCUCACUGAGAUGUACAUUCACUAUCUGCUGAUUCAGAUGAACAUGAAGAACCAGAAGUAUGAUGAGAAACAUGAUGAAGACUAUAAAAAGCUCUUAAAAUCCAAUAAAAACAUCAUUCUGAAGUUGGCCAAGUUGGCGUUUGAGCAGCUGAAGAAAGAGAACAUCAUCUUCUAUGAGGAAGAUCUUGAAGAAUGUGAUAUUGAUGUGAGAGAAGAUUCAGAGUUCUCAGGAAUGAUCGCUGAGAUCUUCAAGAAAGAAUCUGUUCUUCACGAGACAAAAGUCUUCAGCUUUAUUCAUCUGAGCGUUCAAGAGUUUCUGGCCGCUCUGCACGUCUUCAUCUGCUACAUGACCAACAACAUGAAGGACCUUGAGUUUUUCAUCACACCUGAACAAGGCACAAAGAUUUCUCUUCAUGACAUUCUGAAGAAGGCCAUUGAUAAAGCCAUGGAGAGUGAGAGAGGACAUCUGGAUCUGUUUUUACGCUUUCUGAUGGGCCUUUCACUGGAGUCUAGUCAGAAGCUUCUCAAAGGUCUGCUCACAUGCACUGAAGACACCAGAGACAGCAUCACAGAAACAACUCAAUACAUUCAACAGUUACAGGACGAGAGGAUCUCAGAUGAAGCUUCAGUGAACCUGUUUUACUGUUUACUGGAGCUGAAGGAUCAGUCAUUAUACCAGAGAAUCCAGAAAUACUUACAUCCAGAUGAUUCAGAUUCAGUCAUAUAUCUCUCAGAUUCAAUGUGUACACUGAUGAUCUAUGUGCUGCUCAUGUCAGAGAACGUGCUGGAUGAGUUCAACAUGAACAGAUAUAAGACACGGUAUAAGAAGAGACUCGUUCCAGCUGUGAGAUGUUGUAGACGAGCGCUAUUGUCUGGGUGUGAUCUGACUGCUGAGUCCUGUGAAGUUGUGUCUUCAGCUCUUCAGUCCUCUGAGUGUCCUCUGAGAGAGCUGGACCUGAGUAACAAUGAUCUGAAGGAUUCAGGAGUGAAGCUGAUCUCUGAUGCUCUCAACACUCACAACUGUCAACUACACACACUGAGAUUGUCGUUGUGUAAUGUGACUGAAGAGUGUUGUGUAAGUUUGUCUUCAUGUCUACAAUCAUCAUCGUCUCUGAGAGAGCUGGACCUGAGUAACAAUGAUCUGAAGGAUUCAGGAGUGAAGCUGAUCUCUGAUGCUCUCAACACUCACAACUGUCAACUACACACACUGAGGUUGUCAGGUUGUAUGGUGACAGAUGAAGGUUGUUGUUCUUUGGCUUCAGCUCUGAGUUCACAGUCGUCACACCUGAGAGAGCUGGAUCUGAGCUACAAUCACCCACAACACACAACACAACAGCUGCUCUCUCACACACUCAAUGAUCCAAAGUACACAAUCAAUUUGAGUCAUGGAGGAGAGAGAAGAAUUACAGCAGGACCACGCAAGUAUGCGGUUGAUCUCACAGUGGAUCUAAACACAAUACACACUCUCCUCGAAGUGUCUGAAAAGAACAGAAGGAUCACACGUGUUAGUCUGAGCGAGCGUCAGCCGUAUCCUGAUCAUCCAGACAGAUUUGAUCAUGAUGUGUGUCCUCAGGUGUUGUGUAGAGAGAGUCUGACUGGACGCUGUUACUGGGAGACUGAAUGGAGCAGAUCAGGUGUUGAGAUAUCAGUGUCAUAUAAAAGCAUUGAGAGGAAAGGACGGAUGGACUGUGUGUUUGGACAGAAUGAUAAAUCCUGGAAUCUGAUCUGCUCUGAUAACACAUUCACUGCAGUUCACAAUAAGAAUCAAACACACAUUAGUGUCUCACCAGGUGUGUGUAAGAGAGCAGGUGUGUAUGUGGACCAGUUGGCCGGCACUCUGUCCUUCUACAGCGUCUCUGACACACACACACUCACACACUUACACACAUACUACACAACAUUCACUGAGACUCUCUGUGCUGGAUUUAGAGUGUAUGGUGUUAACUACUCAGUGUGUCUGUGUGACAUAAACAGCCUCUAUAGAGCCUCCUGUUAAACACAAGAGUGUGUGUGUGUGUGUGUCUGUGUGUGUUGGCGUGAGUGUUGGCGUGUGUGUGCGUGCGUGCAUGCGUGCAUGCGUGCGUGACAUGAACAGCCUCUAUAGAGCCUCCUGUUAAACACAAGAGUGUGUUGGCGUGAGUGUGUCUGUGUGUGUGCGCGCGCGUGUGUGUGUGUCUAUGUCUGUGUGUAUGUGUGUGUGUGUGUGUGUGUCUGGAGCAAGUAAAUCACAAUAAGUGUCAAUAUUGAGUAAAUCUAUAGAUCAUAACACACAUUAUUAAUGUGUUUGUGUGUCAAUAUUUGUCACGUCAGACUCUUAGUCACUAGUUUGUGUCAUCAGAGACAAAAGUCUUGUGUGAUUGGAGGAAGAUUUUCUUUGUAGUUUUCAUCAGUUUCUUGUUUGUGUGUCACUGAUGUGAAAGUUCUCAUGAACAAGAGCAGAUUCAUCUUCUUAUAAUGUGAUAAUGAUGUCAUUCACUGGUGCAGAUCAAGUCUUUUCAGCUCUUUUACUCUCUUUAUCUUUCACUAUUUCUUCUUUCACACUGUAAACAAUCAAACAAGUGUUUUCUCUACAAAGAUAAAAAAGUUUCUUGAAUAUUUAGUUUUUUGUUAAAGGACUCAAGUGAUUGUUUUUCAUAUACUGAAGAAAAUGAGCCUAAUCGUGUUUCUAAUAAAGAUUCUUUUGUUGACUGGA